AUGGCAUUCCAAAAGACUUUCUGGUUUUCCCGAGAAGGGUUCACUGCAGAUGUUGUGGGGAAGAUCCUCCAGGGAACUAUCCUCAACACUUGGACGACAGUCCCUCUCCUUUGGCUUGCACGUUACACUAGCAAGGGCCAGGAUAUUUCCCGGGAGCACGCAAAGGCGCUUCAGGUGCUCAAGGUGCUAGCCUUCCUCGCGGUUCUCCGGCGCGUGAACGCCUGGCUCAACCGCCGCGCCCUGAACAACGGGCUCUCGGACCAGUACAACUGGAGCCGCGAAGUCGUCGUGCUCACGGGGGGCAGCAACGGCAUUGGCAGACAGGUCGCCCUCUUACUCGGACAGCGUGGGAUCCCCGUCGCGAUUCUCGAUGUCCAGGCGCCGCAAGACCGCUUGUCCGCCACGGUCCGCUACUACCGAUGCGACAUCACUUCGCCGGCGGCCAUCGCAGAGGCUGCCACCAGCAUCCGGGCCACGCUGGGCGAGCCCACGAUCCUCAUCAACAACGCGGGGAUCUGCAGCAGCCGCACGAUUCUCGACAGCACGGAAGCCCACACCCGGGUGCAGUUCGAAGUCAAUACCCUGGCGCAUUACUGGCUCGUGCGCGAGUUCCUUCCGGCGCUGAUCCAGCGCAACCACGGCAUGGUGGUCACAGUGGCGUCGCAGGCCGGGUACACGGUGACGCCCAACAUGGUGGAUUACUCUGCGACCAAGGCGGCGGCGAUUGCGUUCCAUGAGGGGUUGGCGGCGGAAUUAGUGGCGCGGUAUAAUGCGCCUCGAGUUCGAACCGUGCUGAUCACGCAGGGGUUCACGCGGACGGCGCUCAUUGAUCGAUUGACUCCGGAGGAUACUUGGCUCAAUCCGCUCCUCUACCCGGAGACCGUGGCGGAGCACCUAGUGCAGCAGGUUCUGCGAGGGGAGAGUGGACAUGUUCUUGUGCCGGGGGCGACGGGGUGGAUGGCCAAGUGGUUCCGUUCGUUUCCGGGUUGGGUACAGCAUAGAUUACGGGUGAGGUUGGAGCGGUUGAUGCGUGCUAAUUAG